CCUUAUGACCCUCAUGUUGUUAUCGAACAGGCCUUCAGGUGGAACUGAUCCACCUUUACUGAUUCAGAGUCAGAAUGACCCUAACCCUUUACUGAUUCAGGGUCCCAGUCAGAAAGCCCCUAACCCUUUACUGAUUCAGGGUCCCAGUCAGAAUGCCCCUAACCCUUUACUGAUUCAGGGUCCCAGUCAGAAUGCCCCUAACCCUUUACUGAUUCAGAGUCCCAGUCAGAAUGCCCCUAACCCUUUACUGAUUCAGGGUCCCAGUCAGAAUGCCCCUAACCCUUUACUGAUUCAGGGUCCCAGUCAGAAAGCCCCUAACCCUUUACUGAUUCAGAGUCAGAAUGCCCCUAACCCUUUACUGAUUCAGGGUCCCAGUCAGAAUGCCCCUAACCCUUUACUGAUUCAGGGUCCCAGUCAGAAUGCCCCUAACCCUUUACUGAUUCAGAGUCCCAGUCAGAAUGCCCCUAACCCUUUACUGAUUCAGGGUCCCAGUCAGAAUGCCCCUAACCCUUUACUGAUUCAGGGUCCCAGUCAGAAUGCCCCUAACCCGCAGACGGGACGUUCACAUCGUCUCAGCAACAGAUAGAGACAAAAGUCAAACAUGAGUAA